UAAAAUUAGAACCAAAGUGAACUCUAACCCCGAAAUAUUUGCCAAGUAUCAGUUUCCUCCCCAUAUAUGAGACAAAACCUAUAAAAUUUGAGCUCCGCCAUUACUCCAAAGGCUGCAUAAUUGGUAGAUUUCAAACCCCAAAAUUCAAAAAUGGAGGCCAAAAUAAACCAAUUAUUUGGGCCAAUUGUUACAUUCAUCAAUGGUGGGGACCAGCUUCCUUGGUGCUCUCCUGACAUAAUUGUUGGCUGUGAGAAAGAAGUUGCAGAUGCUACAAAGGGCGCCUCAGAUGAAGGAAAGAAUGAGAGUAUUAUGAGAUUGUCGUGGGCUCUUGUUCAUUCUAAACAACCUGAUGAUGUUCAACGAGGGAUAGCUAUGCUUGAGGCUUCAAUUGCCAACUCAAGUAGUCCGCUACAGCAGCGAGAAAAGCUUUAUCUUUUAGCUGUUGGAUAUUACAGAAGUGGGGAAUAUUCGAAGAGCAGAAAGCUUACCGAUCAAUGUUUGGAGAUUGCACCGGAUUGGAGACAGGCGUUGUCGCUUAAGAAGGCUAUUGAAGAUAGAAUAACUAAAGAUGGUGUCAUUGGUAUAGGAAUUACUGUGACUACUAUAGGACUCAUUGUUGGUGGGAUUGUAGCAUCGUUGGUCCGAAGAAACUGAUCUUCGACUGCUCUAUCAUGCUUUAUGAAAACAACCAUAUGAGGUUAUUGACCGCUCAUUAAAACACCACAAAAAUCCGUUUCAACUGAAAAAAGAAGAUGAAUGAAACAUAUUUGCUGGUUUCUUUUCCAUUUCCCUGCCUUUUUCUUCUCUUAGUCUCGUUUAAGGGAGCCAAUGAAUGUUCUAUAGAAUAAUGACAGGCCAAAUGGCUGAGAUUUUGUGAUUAACUGCUCGUUUGGGUAAAGCCUCACAUUAGAAUUACUAGUUACUGUAUGUCAAGUAAAUUUUGCUUCGAUAUUUGUUAUUAUGUGUGAAAAACACAGGUAAACAGUAUCUACCUAGUGAAUCAAAAUACAUGGACUGUAUGAUGUCUUUUUACAUUA